AUGCUACUUUUAUUGCUUGUACAAUCAUAGAUAAAUGAUUGUUAAAUCCAAUAAGAAGAAUGUUCAGAAAACUAUGAUCCAGUUUGUGGGUUAAAUAUUAGCAACACUUCCAUCUAAACUUUUGUUAAUUAUUGUUAUGCUUGUAAAGCAAGUUAGGUGGUGAAAUAUAUAAAAGGAGAAUGUUAAAAGCAAAUUGAUGAUACUAAAACUAAUACCCCUUCCUUACCCAGUGAAGAUGAUAAUAGCACUGUUAUAACAUAACCGGGGAAUUACACCUAAGUGAUAGCUUGUACAAAUCCAAGACCCAGCAUAUGUGAUACUAGGUAAUAAUCAAUUAGUAAUCAUUUAGUUUAAAAUAAAUAUGUGGACUCCUUGAUUCUACUACUAAAUGUACUGGAUAAAGUUGUUUGUAGUAAUUCUCCAAUUAGUGUUUGGGUUGUAGAAACAGCUCAAUUCAAAGUUACUUCUUUGGAAAUUGCUCGGAGUACAAGUAAUUUAUUAAAUUAUAAUUUAAGACCCUAGACUCCAACUGUUAUUUAGUGCAGCAUACAAUCUCAAAAGAAAUGUGAAUUAAAAGAGCAGCUUACUGUUUGUGGCUUUUUAGAUGAGACAGCUAAAUGUUAAAAUCCGCCUUGUCUAUAGCCAUUCGAUAAUUAAUGUGAACCAUGCUAAUAAACUAAUAUUACAUCAUAUUAUAUUGGAGACUGCAAUCAAUAUUAAAAAUUGUUCUAUAAUCCUGAAUAACAAAUGGAUUCUUUUGUGGCCAAUUAUUAAUAUUGCCAGGUUCAAAGACCCUAAUAAUGUGAUCAAGAUUAUGUUCAAACUUGUGGAGUCUUAAAGUCUUGCCAUGGAAGUGGUUGUGAAAGAACCUAUGAUAAUCCUUGCAGCGCUUGUCAAAAUAGUGAAAUUGAAGGGUAUUAUACUGGGGAAUGUGUCAAUAACUACGGGGCACUAAUCUCAAUGUUUAUUAUUGUUUUGUUUAUAUAAUGA